AUGCCUCGCAAAGCCAUCGACUCGCGCAUCCCGGCGCUGAUCCGCAAUGGCAUCCAGGAGAGGAAGCGCAGUUUCAUUGUGGUGGUAGGCGAUCGGGCGAAAGACGUGAUUGUCCACCUGCACUACAUCAUGGCCUCGGUCGACGUCAAGCAGAACAAGUCGGUGCUGUGGGCGUACAAGAAAGACCUUCUAGGCUUCACAUCCCACCGGAAGAAGCGAGAGACCAAGAUCAGGAAGGAGGUCAAACGAGGCAUUCGAGACGCCAACACGGAAGAUCCCUUCGAGCUUUUCGUGACCCUGCACAACAUCCGCUAUGUCUACUAUAAGGAGACGGAUAAGAUUCUCGGAAACACAUAUGGCAUGUGCAUUCUACAAGACUUCGAGGCGAUCACGCCCAACCUGCUGGCGCGCACCGUGGAAACGGUCGAGGGCGGCGGACUGGUCUUGCUUCUGCUCAAAGGCAUGAAGAGUCUGAAACAGCUCUAUACAAUGUCUAUGGAUGUCCACUCCAGGUAUCGCACAGAGGCACACGACGACGUCGUGGCGAGAUUCAACGAGAGGUUCAUCCUGUCGCUCGGUGUCUGUGAGUCGUGCCUGGUCGUGGAUGACGAGAUGAAUGUGCUGCCUAUAUCAGGAGGGAAGAAUGUACAGCCUUUGCCACCACCGGCUACUGAGGUAGACCGUGUUCGACCGGAGCAGAAGGAGUUGAAGGAGAUCAAAGACAGCUUGGCUGACAGCAAGCCGGUCGGACCCCUCGUUGCACUCUCAAAAACCGUCGAUCAGGCAAAGGCUCUUCUCACUUUUGUUGAUGCCAUCUCAGAGAAAACUCUGCGGAGCACAGUCACUCUGACAGCCGCUCGAGGGCGUGGCAAGUCUGCUGCUCUUGGUGUGGCUGUGGCUGCCGCGAUAGCUCAUGGCUAUAGCAACAUCUUCAUCACUUCUCCCAGUCCCGAGAAUCUCAAGACAUUGUUCGAGUUCGUCGUAAAAGGAUUCGAUGCCCUUGAGUACAUGGACCACGUCGACUACACGAUCCUGCAGUCAACCAAUCCAGAGUACAACAAAGCCAUUGUGCGAAUCAAUGUCCACAGACAACAUCGGCAGACUAUCCAGUACAUUCAACCUCAAGACGCCCAUGUCCUUGGCCAGGCAGAGCUAGUAGUUAUUGAUGAAGCAGCCGCUAUUCCUCUGCCGCUAGUCCGAAAGCUAAUGGGACCAUAUCUCGUCUUCAUGGCUUCCACGAUCAACGGCUAUGAGGGCACCGGUCGCUCACUCUCCCUCAAGCUCAUACAGCAGCUUCGCGAGCAGUCAAGAGGCGCUCCCAGUGUCAAUGGCAAUGACGUCGAAGUCGCUGACAAAAACACGGGCAAAGCGGCCAAAGACGGCCAGAAGGUUUACUCGGGUGGCCGCUCCCUCCGCGAGAUCACUCUCGCAGAGCCAAUCCGCUACGCUCCCGGUGACAACGUCGAAAAAUGGCUGAACAGACUCCUCUGCCUAGACGCCACGCUGCCCAAAUCCAAGGUGAAUACUCAAGGCACGCCCCAUCCAUCAACCUGCGAGCUUGUGCAGGUAAACCGCGACACCCUGUUCUCCUUCCACCCCGUAUCAGAGAAAUUCCUGCAACAGAUGAUGGCCCUUUACGUGGCAUCGCAUUACAAGAACUCACCCAACGAUCUGCAACUCAUGUCGGAUGCACCUGCGCAUCAGCUCUUCGUCCUAAUCCCACCCAUCCCCGAGGACGCGACUAAACUCCCCGAGCCACUGUGCGUCAUUCAAGUCGCCCUCGAGGGGCGCAUAAGCAAAAAUUCCGUUCUGAACAGUCUAUCUCGCGGGCAACGAGCCGGCGGGGACUUGAUCCCCUGGUUAGUGAGCCAGCAAUUUCAGGACAGCGAGUUCGCCGGGCUUUCGGGGAGUCGCGUUGUCAGAAUUGCCACAAACCCAGAGUAUCUAAACAUGGGCUACGGGUCGCGCGCGCUUGAGCUUCUGACGCAUUUCUACGAAGGAAAAUUCACUUCGCUCUCCGAGAAGGACGAAACCACCAUCGAAGACACGGAACACAGCAUGACGCGGAUCACAGACACUGAGCUGGAAUCUUCGACCCUCCUCGCCGAUGAUAUUAAAGUGCGAGACAUCCACAGCAUGCCCCCUCUCUUCAGCAAACUCUCAGAGCGCAAACCCGACCAACUGGACUACAUCGGCGUGUCAUACGGCCUAACGCAGCCUUUACACAAAUUCUGGAAACGGCACGCCUUUGCGCCCGUCUACCUCCGACAAACGCCCAACGAGUUGACUGGAGAGCAUUCAUGCGUUAUGCUCCGACCGCUUUCAAGCGCCACCGCGACGGACAAUUCGUGGCUCAGUGCUUACGCGCUGGAUUUCCACCGCCGGUUCCUAACCCUGCUGAGCUACCAGUUCCGCACGUUCGCAAGCGUGCAAGCGCUGAGUAUUUCCGAAAGUGCCACCCGUGCGACGAAAUUUACAGAAGGGGCGACGUCGAGUACAAGUCCUGUGCAACCGCUCUCGAAACGUGAUCUCGACAAUUUAUUCUCCCCGUUCGACCUCGCGAGGCUGGAAUCCUACGCAAACAACCUGCUCGAUUACCACGUCGUGCUGGACCUCCUGCCCGCACUGGCGCAGCUGUAUUUCACAGGCCGCUUGAAAGCACCGCCCUGUAACGUGGCAUUGAGCGGCGUCCAGCAGAGUAUUCUGCUGGCCAUCGGUCUGCAGAGGAAAGACUUGAGUGAUGUGCAAGAGGAACUCAACCUGCCGAGUAAUCAGCUGCUGGCGAUGUUCGUCAAGGUGAUGAGGAAGAUAAGCACCGCGCUGAGGGUCGUCGUGGGCGGAGACGUCGAGAUGAGUCUGCGCGAAAAUGCCGACAACGAUGGAGUGCCAGUGCCGGAGCCACAUUUGCAAAGCACGAGUGGCAGCAGGGUGCCCAUCAAGGCGCCAGAUCCCGCUAAGCAAAAGGGCACAUACGAAGACGAGGAUGAACACGGCGAAGAAAUCGAUCCGGCGAUAAAGGAGAAGCAGCGUGCUUUGAUCGACGCAUUGCCGCUUGAUAGGUACCAAAUCUCCGCCACCGCGGCCGCCGACGAUGCGGCAUGGGACCAAGCCGAGCGACAAGUCCGCGAAGCCGGCGCCAGCACCGUCGUCAGCGUGAAGAGCGGGCGAGAGAAAGUCAAGAAGCGGAGACUCGAUGACGAAGAAGAGGACAGGGAUGCCAAGUUGAAUGGGGACGAUGCAUCGAGAGUAGAGAAGCGCAGGGACAAGAAAGACAAGGAGAAGGAGGGGAGGAGAAAGGCGAAGACCAGGCAGAAGGUGUGA